CAACCUAGGUUCCCUUCCACUGAAAACGUGGGAACUCCGCUCAGGUCUUUAUUUUACCCCUGCUGUGUUAGGUUACUUGAGGGGGGACUUUUAUUUUGAACAUUUGCUGUAUGAUUACGUGACCUAAAUGGCACUAGCUUCACAAUGGUCACGGAUUGUUGGAAAGUGCCAACAAAUGCGACGGGCAACUUUUACGAUAAUGUGUGAUUUGUUAUGUAGGCCCACUACAAUAUAGUGUUUUCUCUUAUUUCGAGUGGGGUUAGGCCACACGGGGAGAAACUGUAUUUCUAAUGUCGAGGUAGGCAAACUAUAUUGAUUAGCAUUCAGAUUGUAACGAUUGGUGCGUGCCAAUGUUGUUCAGCGUCUGUUUACAUGAUUUGAGAAAACAAUGUCGUAGUAAAGUCAUGCGCACUGAUUUUUGCUUCAAUGUUUGAGAGUGAACUCUAGAAUAGUUUAUUGAAAAAGACGACACAAUUGGUGAUAGGGUGUUUUUAAGUUCUGGUUAGUCGUAGUAGCCAACAGCAGCUUUGCCAUGUCGGAGAGGACACCACUCCUGCACUAUCGCCUCUCCACAAGUGUCAAUGAGCAGUCGGGGGAGCAUCAGCCGUGUCUUCCCAGGGAGGCUGUGGAGCAGUCCCCGGCUUUUUCCAGACGGAAGUCGGCGCACCACAGCCGGCCCAAAAAGCUCUCCACAUUCUUUGGUGUGGUGAUACCCACCUUGCUGUCGAUGUUCAGCGUGGUGGUCUUCCUACGAAUUGGUUUUGUGGUGGGCCAGUGUGGGCUGUAUCAGGCCAUAGCCAUGUUCUUAGUGGCCUACUUCAUCAUCAGUAUGACCGUGCUGUCUGUGUGUGCCAUCUCAACCAAUGGAGCUCUGGAUGCAGGAGGGGCCUACUACAUGAUAAGUCGUGCGUUGGGGCCAGAGUUUGGGGGCAGUCUAGGUGUCAUGUUCUUCCUGGCUAAUGUGUGUAGCAGUGCCCUCUAUAUCCUGGGUCUCGUCGAGGCCAUAGUAGCAACCUUCGGGCUUCCAGAAGAUGGGGUGAGCCCAGCGGGUUCCCUCCAGGUGUUGCCAGCGGGGUAUUGGUGGUCAUUGCUCUAUGCCACCGGCAUCCUCCUCCUCUGCUUGCUUGUGUGUCUGGUGGGGGCAGAGAUCUACGCCAAAGCCUCCUUCAUCAUCUUCCUGGUGGUCAUGCUGGUGCUGGCCACCAUCUUUAUCAGCUUCUUCGCUGUGCGCCCGCGCACCAUCCUCCUGCCCGCCGCUCCACCCAUCCUCAACGGCACGGGGCCACAGCCGCCGACCAUGGCCAACUUCACCGGCUUUAAACUGAACACACUCCUGGGCAACCUGGAUGCUGACUAUGCUGUGGACUACACAACAGGAACCAUGAUGUCCUUUGCUACGGUGUUUGCUGUCAUGUUUAACGGGUGCACAGGCAUCAUGGCUGGAUCCAACAUGUCAGGUGACCUGAAGAACCCUAGCUACUCCAUACCUCGAGGAACCAUCACAGCUGUCAUCUUCACCUUCAUAAUCUACAACCUCCUCAGUCUGAUGGUGGCCUGCUCCUGUGACCGUAUUCUCCUCCAGAGGGACUACAGUUUCCUGCGGGACAUUAAUGUGUGGAACCCGUUGGUGACCGUUGGUGUGUACUCCUCCACCAUGUCUGCUGCCAUGAGUAACCUGAUAGGGGCCUCUCGCAUCCUCUACGCUCUGGCACGGGACGACCUGUUUGGCACGGUGUUGUCUCCAGCUAAGAAGACAUCUGGCAAUGGGAACCCCUGGGUGUCUGUCCUCCUAUCUUGGUUCCUAGUACAGUUGGUGUUGUUCACAGGGAAGUUGAACACCAUCGCCAGCAUUGUAACUAUCUUCUUCCUGCUGGUCUAUGCAGCUGUGGACCUGGCCUGUCUGGCUCUGGAGUGGGCCUCGGCUCCUAACUUCAGGCCCACGUUCCGUUACUUCACGUGGCACACCUGUGUGCUGGGCAUCGUGGGCUGUGCUGUUAUGAUGUUCCUGAUCAACUCUAUCUAUGCCUCAGCCUCCAUCGCCUUCAUGCUGCUUCUACUGCUGCUCAUCCACUACCUCAGCCCUACCAGCAGCUGGGGCUAUAUCAGCCAGGCUCUCAUCUUCCACCAGGUGCGUAAGUACCUGUUGAUGUUGGACGUGCGUAAGGACCAUGUGAAGUUCUGGAGACCCCAGGUGUUGCUGAUGGUAUCUAACCCCCGUAGCAGUGUAGGUCUCAUCACCUUCAUCAACGACAUCAAGAAGAGUGGUCUCUAUGUCCUGGGACAUGUACAGCUGGGAGACCUGGACACAUUACCGUCCGACCCUCUCCAGUGUCGUUAUGACUCAUGGUUGUCUCUGGUGGACCACCUCAACAUCAAGGCAUUUGUCAACCUCACCUUGGCUGACUCAGUACGGCAUGGAGUCCAACAUCUACUCUUCAUCUCUGGCCUAGGUGGCAUGAGGCCCAACACCUUGGUCCUGGGUUUCUAUGAUGACUGCACCCCCAAAGACAAACUCACUGACCCCGCCCUCGCAGAUGCCACCGUCCCCACUCAGGACCCCGAGGACGAACGCCCGCCCUACCACUUUCCUGCCCUUCGCGCGUCCAUUGAUGCCAAGGAGGAGGGCAACGGAGAAAACGGAAAAGUCAUGGGACCCCAAGAAUACGUGGCGGUAAUCGCAGACGCCAUGAAGAUGAUGAAGAAUGUAGUGCUAGCCCGCUACUUCCACCAGUUCGACCGGGCCUCGACCAUCUCCUCGUCCCCAGGGAAGGGUGCUCUGUACGUGGACGUGUGGCCCGUCAACCUGCUGAGACCAGACAGCUCCAGCUACGUAGAUACCUGCUCCCUCUUCCUGCUCCAGCUGGCCUGCGUCCUCAACAUGGUCCGCGCCUGGCGCCAUGCUAGACUCCGCCUCUUUCUGUGUGUGGAGGAAGGGCGGAGCCUGCGGGGCUCUGAAGGGAAGCUGGGUCAGCUGCUAAAGGAGCUGAGGAUCAAAGCCAACGUGUACACGGUGCCCUGGGACCAGCAGGUGGCGCUACAUUGGCAGAGGCAGGGUGAGGCGGGCAAGCGGAGGCCCUCUCGCCAAUCACGGAGAGAGGAGGAGGGGCUGGGAAAGAAGGGGUUGUUUGAGGAGGAGGAAGGAGACGACGACUAUGUGAAUAGCUUCCCUAGCAACGCCACAAGGCUGUCGGAUGAGUAUCUGUCGGCAGUUAAUAGGUUGAUCCUGGAGCAGGCCCACCCCCCUCCGGCUGUGCGUUUCCUGUAUUUACCCCGCCCCCCAGCUGACACGCGCCGCUACACGGCCUACCUGCGCCAGCUGGAAUUGCUCACCAAGGAUCUGGGUCCUACCCUGCUUAUACACGGGGUUACACCUGUCCUCACCACUGACCUCUAACCCUAAACUUUCACCAGCUAACCCCUGAUUAAACCCUUAUUUCAACCCCUUACCAAAUUGCUGCAGGUGGAACUGGUACUUAGACAAAGGCCAAGGAUCCACUUACCUUCCUCAAAGCUGUACUAAAAUACAGCCCCAUCCUCCUUAUGAAUAUGGAAGGGUUGCAAUGGCCAAAAAGUAAAUCAUAAAUAAUAUAUUGAUUUUACUCCUUCAAGGGGACUGAAGUCUGACACUCUGCCAAGUCAUUGGAGCUCAGCUAAAUAUUUUCUUUUCUGUAAGCACUUUUGUAGUUUAUCUACAAGAUAAGAAACAUGUGACCUUUUAAACAUUUUCAGUUCAAAUAUGAAAAUCUAUCAAUCUGUUUAAUGGGACUAUCUAUUUAUAGAAACAACAAUAAAAAUGAAUUAAAGAAAUGUAUUUGGGUGCUCUUGAUCUGUUUUCCCUUUUAGAAAUAUUUUCCUUUGUAUCGUUAUGACUGACUGAAGUGAUCAGAAUGCCAAAGUGCCCUUGUGUGCCUGAGUGUAGAAGACUAUACAUUGCACACUCCUCAUGUCAGCUUUAGGACCAGUUGUUUCCUGGACCUACUCUAGUCCAACGCUAGUCUACAUGGAAUCCCAUGGAUGUUUACUGAAAGGAUAUCUAUUCUAUAUAGAUCUAUUUCAUCUCUAUGAAGCCCUUCAAUUGGACACUACACUCCUAUGCAAAGAAUGCUGGUAUAUGACAGGUCCUACGCAGCUCAAUGACUUUUUGGGGUGAACACAUACUGGUACAUCGACACUAUUUUAAAUUAAAGAAAAAAUGACAUUCUAAAAGCACCAUCCAAAUCAUAUUUUAAAGUGUGUAUGUUGUAAUUGAAUAAAGAAGCUGUUUUGUAUAA